CUUAAUAUGAAGUGUUUUUUGGUGCUUUUGCUGUUUGCUUUGACUGUUACCAGUGACAAUGUAUCUGAAAAGCAACGUGUUAAUGGAGUAAAUGGUUGGUUUGUACCUGUCCACGAGACUUUUGAAUGGGUUGACAUGAAAAAUGUUGACAGCUAUCUCAGUAAUGCAACAAUGGAAUGGGUUGAUAUGAAUGACACUGAGAACUAUCUAGAGAGUGUGGAACGUAGAAAUAUUUUUUUACCACAAAACGAUGUUUUCUUUCACCUGUAUACACCUAAAAAUCAAGUUCAUUCUCAGUUAAUAACAAUGGAUAAAAAAUCCAUUGAUGAAUCUAACUUUAAUGCCGCACAUCCUACACGUAUAUCCGUCCACGGCUUUUUAUCUGGUCCUGAGGGGUAUAUUAACUAUGGUAUCCGUGAUGCUUGGUUAUUUACUGGUAAUUACAAUUACAUUUUCGUAGAGUGGAAUGCUGCCCGUUAUUCUAACUACCCUCUAGUUGUUUUAAGUUUAAGACAUGUUGCUUUUGUGCUUGGUAAUUUUCUUGAAUUCAUGUCCCAGAAUAAUUAUUUUAAAUUUGAAGAAUUGGUAAUGAAUGGUCACAGCUUGGGCGCUCAUAUUGUUGGUUUGUCGGCCAGAAGUUUUCAUAAUAUAAAAACCAUUGUAGGUUUAGAUCCGGCUUCUCCUUUAAUCAGAAAUGACUGUGAGUUUCGUCUGUGCGCCAGAGAUGCCAAAUACGUUGAAUCUAUACAUACGAAUGCCGGUAAUUUGGGUUAUCUAACACCCAUUGGCAGGGGCUCUUUCUAUCCCAAUGGUGGUCAAUCUCAACCAGCUUGUCCUUGGUAUCAUUUUGGUGUAGGAAUCUGUGAACACAGUAUGUCCAUUAAAUAUUACGCCGAAGCAAUUCAAUUAAAUGAUUUCCCUAGCAUUAAGUGCAAUACAUAUUCAGAUGCUCUUCACAGGAGAUGUGGUUCAGUAUACUCUGACGCUCGCAUGGGUGGCAUGGGUAAUACGGAUAAUAUUGAUGGGGUUUACUAUGUUCCUGUCAAUGGAAAAGCACCCUAUGGAUCAGUUGCAGGGCCAAUACCAAUCGGCCAACCAAUUCAUGUACAUGAUCAUGAUUCGCUAAAAUAAUUUAGCGGCGGCUUACAUCAACAUGCAUGUUCAGAAAAUAAAAAUAAAAUACGGAUAUA